CUCCGUUUCAGUUAAAAUAUUGGAUUCACGGUUAAUUUUAUUGCAACAGUUUUAUAAAGCGUGUGUAAAAAGUUCGAUUGAACACUACCAGAGAGUUAGACAAUUAGCUUUAAGCCAGGACUUAAUGCCAGUGUUAGUUUUUAUUUGUUCCGCUUCCGGUUUAUUCGACGCGGAACUAAACUCAUUAGUCAAACAUGCCUGUGUCAAGCAGCUCCUACAAACCUGUGAGCCAUGUCAUCUUCGACAUGGAUGGAUUAUUAUUAGACACAGAGCGACUGUACACUGUGUCCUUCCAGGAAAUAUGUGACCGGUUUGGAAAGCAGUACACAUGGGAUGUGAAGUCAACAGUGAUGGGUAAAAAGGCUUUGGAUGCUGCCCAAAUUAUCCGGGACACUCUGGAGCUUCCCAUGACAGCAGAGGAACUCCUCGCUGAAAGCAGACAAAUACAAGAAAGGAUAUUUCCCUCUGCUAAACUCAUGCCAGGUGUGGAGAAACUGAUAAACCACCUGCAGAAACACAGUAUCCCCAUCGCGGUGGCGACCAGUUCAGCUGGUGUGACCUUCAGUUUGAAGACGAGCCAACACAAAGCCUUCUUCGCUGUGUUUGACCACAUUGUCCUGGGAGAUGAUCCUGAGGUGAAGAACGGCAAACCCCAACCUGACUCCUUCCUGGUCUGCGCCAGUAGAUUCAAGCCUCCAGCCUCCCCAGAGACUUGCCUGGUGUUUGAAGACGCUCCCAACGGCGUGAGGGCGGCGCUGGCUGCGGGGAUGCAGGUGGUGAUGAUUCCUGAUGACAACCUAGACCCCAGCCUUACCCAGGAGGCCACUCUGCGGCUGAGGAGCAUGGAGGAGUUUGAGCCGCAGCUCUUCGGCCUGCCGGCGUACGACUAAGCCCAGAAACCAAACCUGGAACCACACCAUGUAAAUCAGUCUCUUGGGGAAAUGAUGAUGAGUGAGAAGCUGAUUGUUUUCCUGCAUGCCUCAUCAUGUUGUGGAUGAAUAUUGAUGUUCUUUUGUUGGCUCCAGUUAAUGACAUUUGAUAGUUUUCUUUUGGAUGAGACUUCACAUUAUUGGUCAGACCCUUAAAGCUGUUUAUUAGCAUUACAGUCAAUAUCGUCACUCCUGUUUGAAAGCUUUCUCAAUGUGUCACACAUAUUUUAUCACUAGAUAUUAGCCUCCACCCCCCUACAAUGGAGGCAAAAGGAAUUAAUGUUUGUUCUCAGAACAUAAACACUUAGAACUGGAGGUCAAUGUCAAGGUUAGAAUUUUUUUCAGCCCCAAAACAACUAGCUAGUGGACCUUGAGUUCAAAUAUUUUUGUCAAACUACUUUUUCAGAGGUAAAGAAUGAACUUUCAUGCCGAAUUAAAAACUUGCAUUCGAUAAACUCAGCAGUAAUGUGUUGACACAGACCUCACUGUGGACACUUCAUUUUUCAGCAGAAAGUAGUUUGGCUGAAAACUGUUGACAGUGAGGUCUGAGGAUUAUCCAGAGUAAUGGGGACACUGUUUCUGGACAGAUAAGAUGCAGCUGAUGCUGUGAGCACCACAAACAAAGAAAAUCCAAGCAGUCAUCUCCCUUGUGUUGGGGUGAAGGCAGACAUCUCAUGGGGCGCAUAAAACCUAAACUUAUCUGCACGACUACAUACCAUUAGAGGAAGUGGAAAAAUAUGUCUAUGUCUAUGUUUGUGAUUUGUGUGAACUGACCAUUUAAUGUAGAUUAUUCACUUUCAAAGUGCCACAAUGUCAAACCUCAAGUCUGACACAUACACAUGGUCCUGUACUGUAUCUGUUCCAUGCCUCAGAAAGCCUCAGGGUUAGUCAUCCAGGUUCAAAUUGAGCCAGACUUCAUUAAAAAAAUGAAGGUUUUUUAAAUAAGCAUUUGUUCAACAACUCUAUGUGUAUGUAGGAUCUGCUUCACAUUGAAAUAAAGUCAAGUAAACACUUUUAAAACAAUGGAUAUAUGUAAUCAUUUUGUUCUUUAAAGGUUUGAUCUUGAUGUUAAUGUUAA